GGAAAACAGGGCCAGUGGAAUGUAAGGAAUGGAAAAGUGGUGCAACACCUUCUCUGGAUUUAAUGUAGACCAUGCGGAACCAAGUGGUCCUAUAAAUAAUAGAAAUAAAAGCGUGGAAGGUCUUCACUCCUGAGUCAUCAGCAUGUGGAGUACAGCUCCUGGAAAUGAAGUUAGCCGAAUGCAUAUUUCAAACUGUCUACUGUUUCUAAUUCCAUUGAAGUCUAGACUAUCUUAAAGAAGCUACUUUUAAGCUUUUAAGCUUUUCAAAGCCUUUAAAUCUGUAUUGAAACUGGAUUUUUUUUCCCCUCUUUUUUGAUUUUGAAAUUUGAGUUUUUGAUUUUGUGGUCAUGUCAGUGAUGAUUCUUCUUUUGUUGGUGUUCUUUGGAACUCUGCCAUCAGGUGGCUUGACAGGGGAUGACUGUCCUCUGGAGGUUUUGGAGCUGAAAUCAAGCAUUCAGAAACUUGAUUAUGAGCUGAUAAUCGGGGAUUGGAAACUGAUGCACCUGCGUACACACCGCUGGCUCAGACCUGCAGCAGAAUCAAAACAGGACAACAUAACCCUACCUACUCUGCCAAGCACCGGGGGAAGCCUGCUGGUUCAUGAUAGAGACUGCUCUGAGGUGUUUGAUAGGCUCAGACCUGAGAGUGGGUUCUACCGGAUCAGACCAGAUACAAUACUCGAGCCUUUUCUUGUUUUCUGCGACAUGGAGGAUGGAGGAGGCUGGACUGUGGUACAGAAACGCCGCAACGGUAAAGUGGAUUUCAAUAGAGACUGGGUGGAUUAUAAGAAUGGGUUUGGUAAUCUCAAAUCAAGCAAUGAUGAGUUCUGGCUGGGCAAUGACCAUAUUCACUCAUUGCUUCAUGAAGGUGAAAAGAUAAUGAAGAUUGACCUGAUAGACUGGGAUGGAAAAAAAUCAUAUGCAAUAUAUGAUAACUUCAGAGUGGCAGAUGAAAAGGAUAAGUACAGACUAUACUUUGGCAUGUACAGUGGUCGGGCUGGAGAUGCCUUGUCUGGUGGGAGCAAUAUGAUGGAGCAGUGGUCUGCCUCCCACAGUGGCAUGCCGUUUAGCACCAGAGACCAGGAUAAUGAUCGCUACUUACAAGGAAACUGUGCUGUAGAGAACAAGGGAGGCUGGUGGUACAAUAGGUGCCAUGCUGCCAAUUUGAAUGGAAAGUUUUAUCGUGGAGGAAAGUACACAGCAAAACAUGACAAUGGUGUGGUGUGGAGCACCUGGCGAGGACUCUGGUACUCUCUCAGACAUGUCAGCUUGAAGGUGCGACCUACGACAUUUAUGGACAGCCUGGGAAGUGGAUCAGGACCCGAUAGCUAAAAUGUUAUACUUUCUUAAUGUUUAUGCUUUAUGUCAUAAGAAAUGAAAAUAUUCUUUUCAUUACCAUUAUGCAAUCCAAACAUAUAGCAAAAGAUUGCAGUAGAACAUUAUGAUUAUAACUCACAGUCCGCAGCAUAUGGAUCAAAUAUAUAAUACAGCAUUUUUUUGCUUUCUAAAAUGUAAAAUUUUAUAGAAAACCUGCAUUUUAUUCAUGAACUGUUAUUAAUGAUAAAUGUAUCUUUCUAUGUAUAUCAACUUUAUUUAAAACCAGAGUAGACUCUCUCUCUUUUCUCUCUCUCUUACACACACACACACACACACACACACACACACACACACACACACACACACACACACACACACACACACACACACACACACACACCUCAGAAUAUCAGAAUGGGUACCUUCAAUACAGCUAAUAAACAAUAUUUUAUACCUACAUCUAAUCCUACUCUUAACCUCAGUUUCUAUUGUUUUCCCCAUAGGGACUAUUACAUAUCUCUAUCCUUUAGAUUACAUGAUAUAAACCUCGCCUUUAUUUAGAACAAAAAUAAAGAAUGACAAAUAU